AUGGCGGACGUUCGUAAGAUGUUUUUACAAAUCAAAAUAGCUCCCGAAGAUCAGAACGCACAUCGUUUCCUUUGGAGAGAUAUGGAUCCCAAUUCAGAAAUAAAAACAUAUUGUAUGACGAGACUCCCGUUUGGCGACGUGAGCAGCCCGUAUGAAGCGAUAGCAACAAUGCACCAUCAUGCUGACCAAUGUAAAGUGGUAUACCCUGAAGCAGCUCGAGUUAUCAAAGAAGAUACGUACGUAGAUGAUUGUUUAACCGGAUGCGAAACUGAAACAAUGGGCCGUAAACUUUAUAGCGAUUUGGUGGAGAUGAUGAAGAUUGGCGGUUUUGAUCUGUUAAAAUGGGCAACGAAUUCUAAGUCGUUGUUGUCCUAUAUUCCCGCUGAUCAAAGAGCGAGUAGUCGGUUGGUGUGCCUUGAUAACGAUUCUGACCCUUUGAAAGCUCUCGGACUAUCCUGGGACACCGUUGAUGACGUGUUCUUAUUUCACCAAGGAGAUAAAUUAUUACAAACACCUGAGACGAAACGAAGUAUCAUUAGUAUAUCCUCCAAACUCUUCGACCCACUGGGAUUUCUCAGUCCUUUCAAAAUUCGAGCCAAAAUCCUUUAUCAGAAGCUAUGGAUUCGUGGUGCGUCGUGGGAUGAUUUACUUGAUGAAGAAAUCAAAAAUGAAUGGCAAAAGUGGAAAGAAGAACUUGAACAUUUAAAUCUCAUUCGCAUCAGUCGUUCCUUUCUGACAGGCCUUGGCCUUGAAAUAGUCAGUGUCCAGCUUCAUGGCUUUAGCGACGCAAGCCCGAGUGCCUACGGAGCUGUUAUCUAUCUUCGUCUUCAAGAUUCUACCGGGAAUGUGCAAGUACAACUCCUAUUCGCGAAGACAAGAGUUGCGCCUACGAAAAGAAUUACAUUACCAAGAUUGGAAUUGAUGGCGGCGUAUUUGUUGUCAAAGAUGAUCACAUUCCUUCUUAAAGUCUUAGGAAAAAGGAUCAAUCAGUAUAUCUGUUGGUCAGACAGCACAAUAACAUUGAGCUGGAUCCGUAGACCCAGCUAUACCUGGAAGGUAUUUGUGGCAAACCGGGUUCAAGCGAUCCAACAGAACACUGAUCCAGAGUGUUGGCGAUUUUGUCCCGGAGACACAAAUCCUGCUGAUUUUGUAACGCGUGGAGAGACAUUAGAAAAUUUGGCAAACUAUUCCCCUUGGUGGAAUGGGCCACAGUGGCUUUAUAGGCCCCCGGGUGAAUGGCCCAUUAAUAUAGUCGACAAUGAAUUGCCGGAAUGUCCAGAAAGUAAUCCGAAAGUGGUUUGUAAUACAGCGGUAUCCACCUUUCCGUCGCCAUGCAUUGAUGUAGAAAGAUCCGGACGUUGGAUUAAGCUAGUCCGGAUAACAGUAUUCGUAUUUAGAGCCGUAGCUUUGUUCAAAGGAUUAUUGAAACGGGGCGAGUUGACGAAAACCAUUAAUCAAACCCCAGAAAUCACCGCUGAAGAAAUCAAAGAAGCUCAAACGUAUUGGUACCAAGAGAUACAGAAGGCGAGUUUUGUUGAAGAAUGGCGCCAAUUACAGAAGAAAGAUGGACUACCUUCAAAGAGUCCCAUUCGCAAGCUGAACCCUUAUUUUGACGAAAACGAUAAGCUAAUACGAGUCGGAGGUCGCCUACAGUUUUCUGAGUUACCAGAAGAGACGAAGCAUCAAAUCAUCUUACCCGCAAAACACCCAGUCGUGGACAAGAUAAUUAUUCAUUCUCACGAAACCCAAGCCUUACAUGCAGGUCCAGAAACAACUUUGGCUAUUCUCCGAGAAACGUUUUGGAUUCUUCGCGGUCGUCGUGCAGUUAAACGAGCAAUCAAUACCUGUCGCGUCUGCCGAAAAUUCCGAAUUGGACCAGUCCAGCAGCAGAUGGCACCCUUACCUGCUGAGCGAGUUACCUAUUCUCCAGCUUUCACACACGUGGGGAUUGAUUUCACAGGACACUUGAUUCUGAAGUCACAAAAGAAAUCAGAUAAAAGUCUUCAAAAGGCGUACGUUUGUAUAUUUUCCUGCGCUACCACCCGGAUGGUGCACUUGGAAUUAACGAACGACAUGACAACAGAAGAAUUUCUUCAAGCCUUACGUCGGAUGUAUAACCGUCGAGGACUAUGCAAUACGUUGUGGUCAGAUAACCAAACUACGUUUAAGAAAGCUGAAAAAGAUAUCCAGUGGUUGUUCGAAGCUUCAAGUCAGAAAAUGAAUAAAGUAUGGAAGAAAUUAGACCCUUCUCAACUACAAAGAGAGACAUCCUUAAAAGGAAUCAAGUGGAAAUUCAUAAUAGAAAGAAGUCCUCAUCGUGGUGGUUGGUGGGAACGAAUCUGUCGUUCGCUGAAAGAACCUCUUAGAAAAAUCUUGGGGAAAGCUCUGUUGACCUAUACUGAAAUGUAUACUGUUUUAACCGACAUUGAAGCAGUUAUCAACUCGAGACCUCUCACGUUUAUCGGUGAUGAUAUUAAAGACGGUCAAACUAUCACACCAGCACACUUGGCAUUAGGACGGAGCUUGAAAGCUAUCCCAGAUGUAACAAUUGGGUCAAGUCCCAUACCACCAGUAUCGUCAAGAUUUUUGUAUCGACAAAGUUUAAUUAACCGUUUCUGGCGGAGGUGGCUGACGGAAUAUUUACCACAACUGACGAUUCGCCAAAAGUGGUUGGAAGAGAAACCACCGUUAAAGGUUGGAGAUGUUGUGUUGAUGUCAGAGGACAAUGUCAAACGCGGAAAUUGGCCAUUAGCUAUUGUUCAAGAGGUACACAUGGGAAAAGAUGGCCUCAUUCGUACAGCUACGCUACAGACUAAGUCAGGGCAAAGGCGACGAUCGGUACAGAAGUUAUAUUUAUUGGAAGAAGCUCGCAGCGUAGAGGAAGACUUGAGAAAUAUGGAGAAAGUAGAACAGAGUCAAAGUUUAGAGAUUGCCCCGGAGAUAUGCGAUCAGAAAAUUCAAAAGCAAGCUGUCCAAAGAAAAAAAUUAGGCAAUGUACCGAAUUUAGACACUAAGUGUCAAGGCGGGCAGAAUGUAAAGUAUUCCCGCUUUGGGCGUGUAAUAAAGGCCCCAAGUAGAUUGGGGUCGUGA